AACCCCAAUUUCCCGGAUUGGCCUGCGCCAGUGCAUUUUCUUGUCGGUUGUGCUCUGUACAAUUUGAUUUACGAUCGCGUCCGAUUCAAUCGAAACGAGCCUGUUCGAAUUCGUCAUACCGCAUCAAUUAUUGCUUCGAAGGCAGUACAAUCCGGACAAGGAGCCCAAUCUGACGUGACUCCUUUGCGAACGGAGGAAGCCCCUGUCCUAUUCGAAGUGUGCGCUGAGUACCCAGAGGAACUACGCAAUGAGAUCAAGAUUCACCCCACUCUCUUUAACUGGUAUCGUGAUGCAAACUAUCCACCGUUGAGCUUUCAUCCUGCUGAACUACCGAUGCUUUGUCCCCCCAUACCCUGGGUCAGUACGAGAGAUGCCGGUUACCUAAUGUCUCGCAAUUAUGCAACGCGACUAAUUCGGCAUCCACACGGUUCUUCCACCGACAUUCCUAUUCUGAAUGACGAUCUGGAUUUCGAUUCAAAACGAAUUCCGGCGAUUUUCGACGCACUGAACUGCCUUGCCUCUUGUCCUUGGCGUGUGAAUGAAGCGAUCUUGGACAAUCUGAUCAAAGUUGCACGUGCUGGAGGAAAUCGCAGACUUAGCGUCCCCGAGCGUGUAUCGCGUACCACAUCCGAAUCGUUGCAUAUCACUAAAUCGAUGACUUACGACGAGCGUCGCCAGGCUCGUCGAGCGGUCCGCGAAGCCCAACAGCAGUUUAAUGAGGCGCGGUCGUUGUGGGCCAAUGAGCUUUAUCGGUUGUCCAUUGCCAAUCAGUAUCGCGGUCGCGUGUUCUGGUUUCCGCACAGCAUGGAUUUCCGUGGUCGUGUUUAUCCGUGUCCACCACAUUUUCAUCAUAUGGGCAGUGACAUCGCUCGUGGCCUGAUCGUGUUUGCCAAAGGAUUACCUCUCGGACCCAAUGGAUUGAAUUGGCUGAAGAUUCAUCUGGUCAACUUGACUGGAUUGAAGAAAAGGUGCCCGAAUAGCGAACGCCUCGAAUUCGCUAAUUCUAUUCUGGACGAAAUCAUCGAUUCGGCUGUCAAUCCAUUCGAGGGCCGCAGAUGGUGGCAAGAACAGGAAGAACCUUGGCAAACAUUAGCCUGUUGUCGGGAAAUUUUCGCCGCAUUAAAUCACGAAGGUGGUCCAGAGUCGUUUGUUUCUCAUUUCCCAGUACAUCAAGAUGGUUCCUGCAAUGGAUUGCAACAUUAUGCCGCACUUGGUCGCGAUCAGCGUGGUGCGGAAUCGGUCAAUUUGACAAACAAAAAUUGUCCUCAGGAUGUGUAUAGUGAUGUGGUGGAAGUGGUUGAAGCUCAGCGACGUGAAGACGCAGAAGCAGGUCUCGCGGUCGCGCAAAUUCUUCAAAAUUUCGUUCGACGCAAAGUGAUCAAACAGUCAGUGAUGACCACUGUUUACGGUGUCACACUGUACGGUGCCUCUGAACAAAUUCGCAAACAAUUACGGGACCUGGAUGAUUUUCCUGGACGCGAGUGGAUCGGACCGGCCGGUGCUUAUUUGGCUCGGUCUACACUGAACAGCAUUGGUUGUAUUUUCACCUCGUCUGCCGAAAUUCAGGCCUGGUUCGGACAGGCAAGUUGA